CUCGAAUCGUUUCAUUUUCCAUUCGCGUCAACUAAUGAAUAACCUAGUCGUGCAGACCAUACCAGCAGGGUUCCGACCAGGUUGACCAGGUCCAGCGGAAUGGCUCAGGCCAGCCAACUACAGGAGUUUGAUGAAAAAGACUUGCGAGAUGUGGUUUGGGUCAGAACGAGUGUUGGUGCUUGUUUGCGGGGCAAUUGUAAAAGGACGGGACGCAAAGUGGCUGUCAAGUUAUUCACGGAUGGUAAAUGGAUUGAUAGAUUAAGUAAAGUACAGAUGUCAGAACAGGUCUGUUCUGAACAAGUCCUAGUCCCCUUGGGUGUGUACAAGGCUCACUCUCUUUUUGGGCUAGUGUGGGACUGGAUGACCGAGGGAUCUCUAGAUUCAGCACUGCAUGAGACCGACCUGUUACCAGAGCUUUCAAUGGCUCUUUUUCUUCAGAUCCUGUUGGAUGUUGUUGAAGGUUUAGCUCAUCUCCAUGCCAUUCCGUUGCCUCACGGAGCCCUGAAAGCCACUAAUGUUCUUCUCGACCAACACUACCGUGCCAAGUUGUGUGACUGGGGCCAACAUUUGAUGAUUACCACCUUAAAUGGCAAUGGGCCGUGUUACAGAGACCUGGCAUAUAUGUCCCCUGAAGUCAUACAAGGUGCCGUUCCUUCUGUGGAGGCUGACAUAUACAGUUUUGGGGUUCUGCUAUGGGAAGUUUUGAACAGAAAGCGUCCAUGCGAAGGUAUUGAUCAACUUCAGACCCAGAUGCUCUUUGCUCAGGAUAAGCUGGAGCUUGGUAUGGGGGUUGACCUACUGCCACCAAUGACCCCUCAAAAUCAUGCCCUAACCCAGCUCAUGAUUACAUGCUUGAACACUGAACCAAAAAAACGCCCAUCAGCUGACGAAUGUACGGUGGUUCUAAGGACAGCGUUGGCAGCAGUUGAGACACAGACUUUCAAUGAGGCUGUUCGUCAUAUGAAAGCGUGCAAGGAGAGGAAGCUACUGAGCUGUAAAAGCAGCUGGGUGUCCCCUAUUGAGCUACAUAACCUAGAGUUCAACAGUGGUUUUAAUGGUACCAAAAAUUGGACUUCCAAGGUGAUUCCAUGGGGUGAAACUCCAUCACAGAUUCCCAAAGUGCAUGCAAAUGGAAAAGUGUCUCUGCCAACAGCAGCAAAGGGUUGUCCUCCGGUUGGAUGCUGUAGGGAUACAGGAAAAACUUCCAUCCAAUCUGGUAGCUCUGGCAAUGAUCUUGGUUUUACUCAGAUUAUUGGAUGUUGUGGAGAGCCCCAGAGACAGAGUCCUACGUCCUUAAGGUCCCCGUGUGUUUCUCCUACAACAGUAUUUAGGGGUACCCUGCAGAACAAUGCUGACAAGAAGGUUCCAUGCCAUCUGUCUGCGGGAAGGAGCUGUUGUCGACUCUUGCAGGAGAGACGCGAGACCAUUGUGCGCUGCAUGACCGAAGGACGACUCAACAACCUACUAGAUGUGUUGCGGGCUCGGCAAGCUGUGACCCGUGAGACAUACGAGAUCAUCACUGGAGCCCUGACCUUGACCGCACGCACUCGCUAUUUACUUGAUAUCUGCUCAUGCCUCGGAGAGAAUGUUGCCAUCCUGGUGGCCACAACUUUGGGUCUAGUGUCCACUGACAAUAGUAAAAGAGUGCAUAAGUGGCAGGCUGGCUAAGUUAUGCCCAACAGGCCUGCUCUUUAAAAUAUACUUUGUUUUCUAUCAUGUUGCAGUUUGCAUUUUACUCUUGUUUGUGGUGCUCUGAAGCAGAAAUAAAGAGAGGUCAGAUUCUCUGGAAUGGUAUGCUGCUAUGCAGUUUUGGGAUCUAAAGAAAAUCCCAUCAAAUUAACACCCUUUAUGCAGGGUGUUGCAGAUUUCAUUGUUUCCAGGUUCACUAACUGAAGGGAUUAAUCCAGGGCUUUUUAACAUGAUGAUGAUCUGUUGAAGAACUAAUUACUAUUUUGAUUACAUUAUUUUGUGUUUAAAUGUGGAGAGGAAGAAGCAAACAAUACAAAAUGUAAUUUCAGGAGGAUUUGUUUUUUAUGUUUUUUUAAAAGGAAAACUAUUUCCCUUAAUCGUGCAUACUAUGCAAACUACUGCUCACAUGGAGUGUUCAUGGUCAACAUUCACUCUCAGUUGCCGUUAAUUAAUCUUGAAGCAAUUGUUUGAGAUGCUAAUAAUUGAUUAUCAGUUUUCCUCUUCUGUGCUCAGAUUUCACAUUUAUUGUUACUAUCACCACAUUUAUUGUGUGCAUGUUUUUCUUUGUGUAAUAUGCAUUAUGAAACAAUUUUGAAUGUAGUAUGAUGUUUAGACUUUAAAAUUGUGCAUGUUGCACAACAGGAUCAGUAGUUUCUGAUCAUAGUGUAUCUUGCAACAAGACAUUUUGUAUUGCAUUUAAUGGAAUUAAGUCCUUAUACGGACAUAGCAUGCCAUGUAUAAAACAAGAAUUGAAUAAAAGAUUUGU